GCAGGCGAGUGUGUCCCAGUGUUGGCAGUUCCUGACAGUUUACUGCGGCGGAGCGGAGCAGACGGUCAGGGGGUGUUUUGCGGAGCUCAUGAAGACCAGCGGACAGACGAGCCGGCGGGACGCGGGAGCGCGGUGGAGGGCUGGAAAAUGGGAGCAGUGAAGUGAAAAGCAGCCCGAAAAGCCGACUGCCUGGAUAGAAGGCACCAAAAGCAUAAUGGCCCUCCUGCUGUGGUUUGGUGUCUCGCUGCUGGCAGCCGUCCAGUCCAGCGCUGUUAAGAACUGCCAUCCCGGUUGCCACUGCGAGGUGGAAAGCUUCGGCCUGUUCGACAGCUUCAGCCUGACCAAAGUGGACUGCCGAGGGCUGGGACCCAGCGCCUCCAUGCCCAUACCAAUCCCACUGGACACUGCUCACCUGGACAUGUCCUCCAAUGCAAUGGGCCCACUCAGUGACACAGUGUUAGCUGGUCCAGGCUACACCACCCUCAUCAGCUUGGACCUCAGUAGUAACCACAUUACAAAAAUAAGCCCCAGCGCGCUGUCCAAGCUGCGCUAUCUGGAGUCUUUGGACCUGAGCCACAACAACCUGGAGAGCCUCUCACCGAACUGUUUCUCUGGGCUCCCCCUGGUUGAAGUUGACCUCAGCCACAACAGCUUCCAGGAGUUUGACAUGGAUGUGUUUGCGUCUAAGGUUAAUGGUGAACCUGUCAGCGUGGAUCUGUCUCAUAACAAGCUUGUUUCAGUCUCCACCACUUUGCACGGCAGAGUUUUGCACAUCCAGAGUUUAACUCUGUCAUCAAACCAGCUGUCGAGUGUACCGAGCCUGGCAGGACUUCUGCUGAGGUAUCUCAAUCUGGAUGGGAACCCCAUCACACAAAUUCCCGAGGGAGCCUUUGCCCAGCUGAAAGAUCUGGUUUAUUUAUCCCUGAGUGGCCUCCACCAGCUUGAGGAAAUCCAGCCGCACAGCUUCAAAGGCCUCCAGAGCCUGCAAGUUCUGGAUCUCUCCAGCAACCCUAAGCUCAGGAGCCUGAGCCCCGCAGUGUUUAGCGGCCUAGACUCUCUGCAGGAGCUGAACUUGACCGGUUCUGGUGUGGCAUCCUUGCCAACUAACAUGCUGACCCACCUGCCCAGCAUUAAGAGUAUCACACUGGGACAAAACACCCGCUGCUGGAGGACCCAGAAGCAGGGACUUUUCCACCGGCAGAUGGGGCAGGUCCAGCAUAACGAGGUGCUGACCUGUAACAUGGAGGGCAUUGCACUCUGAGACUGUGCCUGGGGGAAUGGACCACUCUUUGCAAUCUUGAACCAGAGCUGUGCCUUAUCUGCUUGGAAAUGGAAAACACUUUUUGGUGUGUGUAUGUGUGUGUGUUUAUAUGUGUGUGUGUGUGUGUGUGUGUGUGGUGUGUGUGUGUGUGUGUGUGUGUGUGUGUGUGUGUGUGUGUGUGUGUGUGUGUGUGUUGCUCUCAUUAAGUCACAUCUGUUCCAAGGUGAUAUUGUAGAGUAUUGCUUAAAGAUCUGAGGCAGCCUUCAUGAAAUAUCAUACAAAACGCAGUCUUAUUUUAUGUAGCACAUUUUCUUUAGCAUGCCGUGUUGUCUACACUGGUAGAGAACCUGUCAUGAAUUCACAACUUAAGCGAUGUUUAUGCAUUACUUAAAGUACUGAAUUCAUGCACUUCAGAGCUGGACCAUGUUAAGUUGUUUGCACUCAUUCCAUUUGCAGUAUUGUUUUAGAAUAAUGCACUUAAACAUUUGCAAAAUAGAAUUCCUUUAAAGCGUUGCUGUUCGCACUGAAGGAUUUUGUUGACUGUCGACCACUAAGAUUUUUUUUCACGUGACUUUGAAUGUGAUGGUUGGUAGAAAAGAUUAGGGGAGCGUUUUCUUAAGAAGACUGACACCACUCUCAUCUUUAGAGAAUGAAGUUUAUCUUAGCACAAAGGCUGGAAGCAGAGGAAGCAGCCUAGCUCUGUCAGAGGAACCUCUUCUCCAGCGACGAGGCGCCAGUGCCCGAUCUGAAAACUGGUUCCACGUACUCCCACCAAAACGAGACAGGUGCCAAACAAAGCUGCUCUUUUUAAUCGCUGUUGAAGCGGCUCACAUCAGAUGCUGCAAAUUCUCAGAUGAUUUCCAGACUUUGGUCUGUUUGCCCACAGAUAUUACUCAACUUUCACCGCAUAGCACUGACGAUGGUCAGCGUUCAAACCUGUCGAUUUGUCGGCCAGUUAUUAAGAGGCGGCGUGGCAGAACUGGCUUAGCACAGUUCUGGAAGUAAAGUUUAUUUAACAUGUUGCAUGCCUUGUUUGAUUCAUACAAACACAGUCCACCUACAAGAGGUGGAACCUGUGCAUUUGGUGGAUUUUUGUUGCUUUUGCACAGAAUCAGGCUGCCUACGUACACCGCCUUAUCCAGUCUUAAUGUUAAAUUAAGCCAACUAGCUGCUGGUUGAAGCAAGUAUUUCACAAAAACACUGAACUCUACAAUCCAAGGAGCAGAUUCCUUAAUAUUCAGCACAGCGUGCGUGAGAAACAGUCUUGUUACACGUACUAAAAUUUUACAAAAUUACCAUUUCAUUACUUGAUUUUUUUUUUUUAAUUUAAAUUAAUUUUUUUAUAUGUGUGUGUGUGUGUGUGUAUGUGUGUCUGUCCAUGGAGCGCUAAUCAAACAUGCGGUCCACUGUUUGGACUGUUCCUCUUCACAGCUACACUACAAAUUUGGUGUAAAGCCUUUGCAGAUGGUGCAGGCGUGUGCGCGUUAAUGUUUAUCCCACAGCGACCACACUGACCUGGAGCUUUUACGUGCCGCCAGGUCGACAUCCAGCUGAACAGGACAGGUUGUUUCAAGGCAAACUGGCUCGUAUGCAGCGUUAUCACUUAUUAUCACAUACUUGGUAAUGAAGCGGUGCUGGCGUGUGUUAAUUUUUAAGCAUCGAGCAGCGCUGUGCUACCUUGGCAUUCCUGUGGUUUUCAGAGCAGCCCCAAGACUGCAUGUUGGGGUUUUAUUCAUGUCUGCACUCUGUAAAGGCUCCAGCUUUUAAAUCUUUUCAGUUUGCUUAUUGGGAAAUCAAAGUCUUUAUAUUUGUAUGUAUGUAACUACA